AUGCAGACUGUAAACCCAAGUUCGUUAACCCAGCAAGCGUCCUAUGCUCCUUCAUACAACUAUAGAUCAUCAAACCCUACUGCUGCCUCCAACCACAAUGGACAAACUCAAAACAACACAUCUUCACCGUCGCCAUACUCAGAUAUGGGACGACAGGAAACAUGGAUGGGAAGCGUAGGCUUCACGGAUCGCUUUACUAGAGACAGUAUGGGUUAUGGACGAGCAACACCAGACACAACCUUGACUUAUGAGCCUGAACCUUUGGAACCUCUUUUUGGCAGAGCUCAGCAUUUACCGCGAUUGCCGAGUCCCGAUAUUCAGCAACCCACCUCACGCUCAAGGCACAGACGCGGAGACAAGACGUGGUCUCGCAAGGAAUCAAAUUCAGGAUACAUCGAAGUGCCCAGGAAGGUUAUUCAUAAUGGGAAGGAGAAUGUAGUCAUGAAAACGAUAUAUUACAACCGAAGCUAUGGAGGGUAUUGGCACAGUCGACCAUAG